CGCGACUGCGCGAGCCACCGCAGUCCGCUGAGAGCUGCCGCCGCGCGAACACGCGCAUGUCGCUCCGCGCUCCGACGACCGGUGAUGUGAGGUGGCCUCCGCCGCUACCGCAGUGCAGCGCGAUACACGCGCAGUUUUCGCGAACAAAGGCGCCAGUUGAAGGCUCGAGAGCCUUCGAGCCGGCAAGACGCCGUCCACCGUGGACCUGAGGUACGGCGCCAUGGCGGCGACCACGUACAUGCCCGGCGAGCUGGACCUCGGCAACCUGGGCGGGUACCACGCCGCGUCGCCGCGCUCCGCCGAGCCGGCCGACAUGAAGUACCAGCACCACCUGCAGGCGGGCGGCUCGCCCUCGCCCGGCGCGCCCGUGCUCAACCCCUGGGCCUCGCUGCCCCCCGGCGGCGGCGACCCCUGGGCCAUGCACUCGCACCACGCGCACGCGCCGCCCGACGUGAAGCCGCCGCAGCACGACCCGCGCCUGCACGGCCACGGCGCGCACGGCUGGCACGCGCCCGUGGUCUCCUCGCACUACGGCGCCGGCUCGCCCGUGGCGCUGCACGCCGGCUACCCCGUGCCCGUGCACCAGCACCACAUGCUGCGCGAGCACAUGCAGCCCAGCCCGCACCACGCGCUGCACCACCACCACCUGGAGCGCGACGCGCCCGAGGAGGACACGCCCACCAGCGACGACCUGGAGGCCUUCGCCAAGCAGUUCAAGCAGCGCCGCAUCAAGCUGGGCUUCACGCAGGCCGACGUGGGGCUCGCGCUCGGCACGCUCUACGGGAAUGUGUUCUCGCAGACCACGAUAUGCAGGUUCGAGGCGCUCCAGCUCAGUUUCAAGAACAUGUGCAAGUUGAAACCGCUGCUGCAGAAGUGGCUCGAGGAGGCGGACUCGACGACGGGCAGCCCCACGAGCAUCGACAAGAUCGCCGCGCAGGGCCGCAAGCGCAAGAAGCGCACGUCCAUCGAGGUGUCGGUGAAGGGCGCGCUCGAGCAGCACUUCCACAAGCAGCCCAAGCCGUCGGCGCAGGAGAUCACGUCGCUGGCCGACAGCCUGCAGCUGGAGAAGGAGGUGGUGCGCGUGUGGUUCUGCAACCGGCGGCAGAAGGAGAAGCGCAUGACGCCGCCCAACACGCUGGGCGGCGACAUGAUGGACGGCGGCAUGCACGGCCACUACGGCCACGACGUGCACGGCUCGCCGCUGCAGCACUCGCCGCCCGGGCUGUCCCCGCAGCACGCGCUGCCCGGCGCGCACUCGCUGGCCGCGCACUAACAGUUCGCCGGGUGGGCGCAGCCGCCGCGCUACUACGAGCCGCACUAGCGCCCGCCCGCGCCACUGUACAUAGCCGCUGUACAUACCGCCGUUCCCACCUGUACAUAGACUGUGCCGAGCGACGUGUGACGAGUGGACCUCAGACGAUUCUAAGUUUAAGUUGUUCUUUAAUUUCGUCGCGCGACCGACGAUCCGGUCCCAGUGAAGUCAUUAAUUAAUUAUGUGAGUAAUGUUUAAGAUCGAAGCCAGUAAUCGUUUAUAUUUUACGUAAAGUCCGCCGCGGCAUUCGUGCGGCCGGGCGGACGCCGCGCCUCGCCGCGUCAGUCGCGUCGCGCCGCGUCGUCCCCGCGGUCAGUGGUUCCGAGUGAUGAGUUUCAGUUGCACGGAUAUAUUGUUUAGCUAGAUAGUCUAAUUGAUAAAUAAGAGCUUAAAGACGAAGAGGAACCCGGCGAGACGGGCGAGGCUGCGGGCUGCGCGUCUCCGGCUCGGUGAGUACCCGCGGCUAGCGGCCGCAGCCCGCACCCCUGUACGCCAUUCAUUUUGUAAAGGACGAUUUCAUCGAAUUUAUUUAUAGAUAUUAUAAAUUAACGAUGUUCAUACAUGCCUACCUGUCUGUAGGGAGUCAUUGUGGUGUGGAUUAAAUUUAAAUUGUUGCUAUUACUGUAAAUUUAUGAUUAGUGAUGAGGAUGAGAGUAAAAAAUAUGAAUCGGGUCGAUGCUUCGUUUUGUAACAUAAUACGAGUGAGUCAAUAGGUGCAAUUUUUAUUUAAAUUUAAGUGUUUGAAUCUGCCCGGCGCUGUCGAUGCGACCAGGGUGAGCGCGCGGCCGCUGCGGCCCGUCCGUUGUUGUUAGCGGCCCGCGGCUGGCCGGGCCGGCGGUGCCCCGGGCGGACCCGUCCGGGCCACCCGUCCGGGCCACCGCCGCGCCCGGGCCGGCCCGCGGGGCGCUGCGGGCCCCAGCCCCGCCGCGCGCUCACCGCGACUCACUCUGUAUCUCUAUCUGCCAGCCGCGUCAAACAAACGUAUGUCCGACACAUAAUUUAUUAAAAAUAUUAUUAAAAGAAUGCAGACACGAUGCCAAAAUGGUUUUAUUCCUGUUUUUUACUUGUUUUGUUGUUUUUUCGUUUGUAUGUAUUUGUGGCCAACCUUGGUACUUAAUACUUGUAAAAAUAGGUAUUUUUUCUAUAUAAAAUAAUGUACCUACAACGUAUAUGAUGAUGAUAUAUAUUAAAAAAGUUCUUUAUAGAAAUUGAAAUAUGGAAAUGACUUUUAUUGAUGUCCUGCAACAUUGCCAUACAUUUCGUUCCUCGAGAGCGAUCCAUACAAGAUUGAGGCUAAUGUCACAGAGAUGGUGAUGGCCCACCUGUAUAUACCAAAUGCUAAUUUAAAUCGCAAAUGCGUCAAAUGGACUGUUUUUUGUUUAUUCCAAAUAUUUUCCCUCGGGAAACUAAUCAUAAAGCUCAAAAUGUUAAUAUUUAUGAUAUAAGUGUAAGAAACAAUAUUUUUAUCACAGUGCACGUAAUAAAUUGUAUUUAAUACAACAUUAUUGUUUUCAUAUAGUUUUUUCAGCACUUGUGCUAUUGCUAUUUCUCAAAUAGAAACCAGAUAUACCAAAUUAGAUCGCAGUUUAUCAAAUUUACUACGGUAUUUUCCUUUUUAAACAUCGUAAAAUAAAUAGGUCAGAAUCAAAACAAAAAAUGUGUCUGCUGUAUGUGUUUUGUAUUAUUUGUUGAAUUUAUGAACCUCGGGGCACUAGGAGCAGGUAGAAACCAAAACAUCGUCACAAUCACAAAUGAUUUGAUCUCGCGAGAGAUGCCUUCUGCAUUUUAUUUUAAAUGGUUUUACUUAUCAUUUCAAUUCAUUUUAUUUGUUUUUGUUUUAGUAUAAAGCCACCAUUGCAAUGAUCACAUUACUUAUACCAAUGUGUAUUUGUCCAGAUUUAAAUGUAACGCCAAUAAAAAUCAUAACAAUAUAAAUAAUAUGUUUUGCAAUGUUAGUCAGUCACCGCUCACUGUCAGCGGCCCGGUAGGCCUACGAGCCACGCCGCCGCCUCAGAGCCGUCGGUUCCGCGAACUUGCUCAUGCUCAGGUAGAAUUAAUAAAAAAACGUUCAGAUAUUUAAUAACAUUCUAAGGGUUAAUUGAUAUGAUGUUGGUGUGUGUACGCAUGUAAGUAGACUCAGGGUUUAAAUUGUAAUAAGAUCGUAAAUUAUAAAACUUCGAAUGUGUUUCGAAUGCCUAGUUUAUUAAUAAAGUGAGAUAUUUUUUUAUAACUUGUAGAUAAAUGUAAAUAUAUCUUAUGCAACAAAUAUAUUAUAGGUAGAUAUAGAUGGUACUACAAUAGACGAAUUGUUAAAUUCUGUAAACUAUAAUUAUUAUUGGUAUUAAAGACUGUUGCAGUUGAUAACAAUGA